CAGAACUUGUCAACAAGAAAGGCCGACUGACAUGAUGAAGUCUUCCUGAUCAAACCUCCCAUAAUGGCUCUUCCAUGACAUUUUUUUUUAUCCUUUUAAAGUCCUCGGUUUUUAUAUAAUUUCCAACAUUUUGGAGGAGAAGCAUUACCACAAUGACAGUCACUUACAACCUCUUUGCCGUCCUAGUUGUCACCAUAGCAGCAUUUGAGCCAGCCCUCUGCUCUGCCCGCUGUGGGCAUUCCCUCCAAGUCUUAGACGGUAAAGUGGGAGAGAUCCGGAGUUCUGCUUACCACAGCUGGUCUUACCGCUUUGGCCCCACCUAUGACUGCUGGAUCAUCAAGGGUGCAGAAGGAGAACCGAUUGUUCUCAGCUUUUCCCAGUUUUCAGCGCGGUGUAGGAAGGAAUGGGUGUCUAUAAAAUCAUCAGCUGGCGGUGAUCCGGUUGUCCUAUGUGGCUCCAAGUUGCCGCAGCCAAUGGAGUUCCCGGGGGGGAACAUUACAGUGGUGCACCACUUCCUCCCGCAUCAGUUUCCGGUGUCGUCUUUUCUGCUGAACUACGCCAGAGACUCUGGUGAAUGCCCAGUAACAUCCUUUGAGUGCCUGGGGGGCCGCUGCCUUCCUCUCUCUUGGCGCUGCAACGGCCAGGUGGAGUGUCUCGGUGAAGGUGCCGGCCUCGGCACUGAUGAAAAGGCCUGUGAGGCAGAAGAGGAGACCCCAGAACCCCCAAAGUAUGGCAGCACGCAGGCAGAUGAGACCAAAGCGGAGCCGUACAGUGAGAAGAACUAUGAUAGGGACUUGGAGAGGCAACAUGGUACAGAUUCUGAGUCUGAUCUGUGGGCGCUGCUGAAGCAGAGGGACGAGGAGGAGGCCCAGGUGGAUCGAGAGCAGCCUCAGACUCGCAUGGAGCCCGUUGUGACGCCCACUCCAAUUGAGUGGCCCUGUGGAGGGCUCCUCCAGACCUUCUAUGGGACCUUUUCUCCUCCAGCCAUCCGGGGCCCCGCGCUGUACUGUGUGUGGACUGUGGAUCCUCAGGACUCCAGACCACUGAGACUGGACCUGCAGCAGCUGGUGCUGGGACCCGGGGAUAGACUCACUGUGUACAACAGAGAGCAAGGCAAAGGAGAAGUUAUUAAAACUAUCACUAGCGCCUCCAAUUACAAAUCAAUCCAAGUUGAAUCCCACACUGGCCUGCUGUCGCUGACGUAUGAGACGCUUCCUGGCUCGGAGGGGAGCGGCUUCAACGCCACUUUCCAUGUCGGGACUUACUGCCCCCCGUGGGAGGGCCGGUGUGGCGGAGCAGCAGGAGGAUGCUUUACCCAGGAGCAGCACUGCGACGGGAAAUGGGACUGUCCCGAGACUGGAAAGGACGAGGAGGGUUGCAGGGGCUGCGGUCUGAGCCAGUUUGCUUGUGGAUUAGCGGGGCAGAGAGCGGUGGCAUCCAGUCACUUCGCUGGCAGACCGGUGUGCUACCCAGUCACGGAGAGAUGCAACUACCAGCUGUACUGUGCUGAUGGCAGCGACGAGAGAGACUGCACCUUCUGUCAGCCAGGGACCUUUCAUUGUGACAGCGACAGGUGUGUCUUUGAGAGCUGGCGCUGUGACGGCCAGGUGGACUGUAAGGACGGAACAGACGAGCUCAACUGCACUGUCAUCCUGCCCCGCAAGGUCAUCACCGCGGCAACGGUGGGCAGCCUGGUCUGUGGGCUGCUGCUGGUGAUCGCCAUGGGCUGCACCUGUAAACUGUACUCGCUCAGGACCAGGGAGUAUAGCUUGUUUGCACCAAUCAGCCGCCAGGAAGCGGAGCUGAUCCAGCAGCAGGCUCCUCCCUCCUACGGUCAGCUGAUCGCCCAGGGCAUCAUCCCCCCAGUGGAGGACUUCCCCACAGAAAACCCCAAUGAGACCUCGUCUCUCUCUCUGAGGGGAAUUCUCCAGCUCCUCCGUCAGGAUGCCGCCAACUCCCCACACCGCAGACGCAGGCCCCGAUUCGUCCGCCGGGCUGUUCGCCGCAUGAGAAGGUGGGGUCUGAUCCCCAGACCUCCCUCCAGGCCGAGUCAAGCGUCCAGCUCCGGUCAGCAGCAGUCAGACGCCGCUCCCUCCGGACAGGAACCAGCUCACUCCACUCCCACCAGCUCCUCGUCGGCCGUGGAGGCGGUCAACCAGCCGGUGCCUCAGAAACUUGGCUUGCUGGCUCAGUCAGAGCAGCAGCAGCAGCAGCAGCAGGAAGCGCCGCCUCCUCUACUGCCACUGCCACUGCCACCCGUCGCCUCCCCACCUCCACCUCCGUACGCUCCCCCAGCUCCAAGCCCGGUCACUCCCCACACUCCUCCCGUCGCCGUCCCCCCGAGCAGCCCCUCCCUGGCCUCCAUCUUUCACACGCUGGGCCUGAGCAUCUCCCUCUUCAGAGCCUCGCCCUCGUCCUCCUCCACCAACUCCAUGCCCCUCUCCGCCUCCCCUUCGUUCUCCUCCUCCUCCUCAUCCUCCUCAGACGAUGACGUGCUGCUUAUCCCCCUGUCUGAAGACACCACUUCAGAGGAUGACGUGCCCAUGCUCACCUGAAUGACUCCCCCAACCCGCCCCUCCUCGUAUCUCCUUUACUCACUGAUAAUAACUGAAACCCAGUCUUACCACGUUUGUUUGAACUCGAGCACAGGCCACGGCGAGACUCACCCGCACUGUGCAAGUCUGGUGCCUUUUGAAAUUGCUUUGAGUUGUUGGAAUCAAGUAUUCUACCUUUCUUUUUUUUUCUUCAAAGACCUCCUUGAGAAAGUUUUAGACGAAAAGCAUGGCCGAGGUAUGUUUGAGAGUAAGUGUAGGUGAGUAUUGGACGUGCACUUACAGUUAUUAAUGCUAGGCUGCACAUUGAAGGUAAACUUUUGCACAGAAGAAUCUUCCCUAUCCAGAAACUGAGGCAGGCUACUGUCAGAUUGAAUGAUUAGAGUUUUUAGAUGGAAAAUAUUGUGUUUGUAUGACUGCAACUGUGUGAAUGCAUUUGCAUUUUGAGUCUUACAUUGACAGUGGAGUAUGUUUGUAGAUGUGGAUUGUCUCCACAUACUUCUGCCACUUGCAUCCGGUUUCAUGUUAUAUCACAGAUAAUCUAAGAAAACCCCCCCCCCCUAUUUAAGUGCCUUUUGAGGAGUUUCCUGCAGAUGGCUCGAUGAUUCCUGAGAUACACACUGCACACCAAAAACACACGGAGGCACACGUUUUCUCACGUCAUAGCACGCACCAACACAUCAACGGCUUUAUUGUAACAUGAUGAAUAUAAUGCAUGUACUCUGCAAGCUGGCAAUAACUUUUUGGGACCCCUGUUAUAGUGCACACUGAUUGCAACAUUUCGAGUACACACACACAUGCUCGUGUACCCUUCCCAAGUGAAUGUAUGUAAUCUAAACAAGCAAACGUGUCAAAAGACAAUCUCUUCGGUGCCUGAUUUUAGGAUGUGUGUGCGUGUGUAGUGUGCACGGCCCCGCUGACGAAAGGGGCCCCGAAUUCACACAAAAAAAAAACAACCUCAACUUGAAUCUUCAACCCUCGAGGGGAAUCAUUCUGUCACAUUUUGACACAACAGACUUGUGGUGUGCCAUUUGUAUUAUUGUACAUUUUAUGGUGUUUUUAUUUCAGCGAGUUACUUUUCUUUUUUCCUCUUCAGUUGUUUUGCUUUGUUGAAUGUAUUAGGGUCGACGUGGAGUAGCCAGACGUUUUAAAUUUGCAAUGUAAUGAGGUAAAUAAGAGAGAAAGUGAUUUUAUGGUUUAUUAGGGUCAACUUCACUGUAUAUAAGUAAAAAUGUGGCUGAGAUUAAACGAUUUGCACUUUUA